AGUGUGUGUGAGCUGAUGUGAAUUGAGCAGCAUGGAUCAGUGUGAGGACAGAGAGGAGGGAGUCCCUCCCUCUAAAAGCACUCUGUGUGGGGAACAUGAGAGCCAGACCAAAGCUCAGAGCCCAGAGCUGUGGGGCGUACCAGGCUCAGCUGGACAUAACCCUAAAACUAAUCCAGAACCUGGACCUGAACCCAGCUGUGUUUCCUUAAAGAGCAACGAGUCGAAGGGUGUUGGUGUGAACUUGAACAAAAGACUGUUAUGUGACAAAGAGAUCAAUAAGAGGCCAGAAUCUCCUGGACCUGAACCCAGCUGUGUGUCUCUAAAGAGCAACGUGUCGAAGGAUGUUGAUAUAAACUUUAAAGGCUGUUCUUCUGCUGCUGAGAGAGCUUCUGCACAGUGUGGAGAAAUAUCCAGAAGCAGAGCUGGACUGCAGACAGCCAGUCAGAGCAGCUGUGUACAAACAGAUGUUGGUCUGCAGGAGGUUUUAGAUGAACAUAAGAUCAGUCUGAGGAGGAGAUGUGAACGUGUGACUGAAGGAAGUGAUGAAACAGGAAGUAGAACCCUCCUCAACAGGAUCUACACUGAGCUCUACAUCACAGAGGGACAGAGUGAAGAGGUUCAUACCCAACAUGAGGUGAGACAGCUGGAGACAGCUUCCAAGAUGGACGCCCUCCAUGACGCUCCAAUCAGGUGCCAGGACAUCUUUAAAGCCUUACCUGACCAACAGAGACCCAUCAGAGUGGUUCUGACCAACGGCGUGGCUGGUGUUGGAAAAACCUUCUCAGUGCAGAAGUUCACUCUGGACUGGGCAGAGGGCUUGGAGAACCAACAUGUCAGUGUGGUGGUUCUGCUUUCAUUCAGGGAGCUGAACCUGAUCAGAGAUGAGCAGUACAGUCUUCUGGAGCUGCUCCAUGUUUUCCAUCCAACAUUACAGAAGGUCACAGCAGAGAAGCUGGCUGUCUCUCAGCUUUUGUUCAUCUUUGACGGCCUGGAUGAAAGCAGACUUUCAUUGGAUUUCACCAACAGGAAGCUGCUGUCUGAUGUCACACAGAAGUCAUCAGUCAGCCAGCUGCUGACAAACCUCAUCCAGGGGAAUCUGCUUCCCUCGGCUCUCGUCUGGAUAACUUCCCGACCUGCAGCAGCCAAUCAGAUCCCUCCUACAUGUGUUGACAGGCUAACAGAAGUACGAGGCUUCACUGACGCCCAGAAGGAGGAGUACUUCAGGAGGAGAUUCAGUGAUGAAGAGCUGUCCAGCAGAAUCAUCUCCCACAUGAAGACAUCCAGGAGCCUCCACAUCAUGUGUAGUAUCCCAGUCUUCUGCUGGAUCACUGCUACAGUUCUGGAGCACAUGUUGAUUACAGAGCAGAGAGGAGAGCUGCCCAAGACCCUGACUGACAUGUACUCACACUUCCUGCUGGUUCAGACAAAGAGGAAGAAGAACAAGUACCACGAGGGACAUGAGACGAGUCCACAGGAGCUGACGGAGGCUGACAGGGAAGUUCUUCUGAGGCUGGGGAGGCUGGCAUUUGAACAUCUGGAGAAAGGAAACAUCAUGUUCUACCAAGAAGACCUGGAGCAGUGUGGUCUGGAUGUGACAGAGGCCUCGGUGUACUCAGGAGUUUGUACAGAGAUCUUCAAAAGAGAGUGUGUGAUCUUCCAGACACCAGUCUACUGCUUUGUUCAUCUGAGCAUUCAGGAGUUUCUGGCUGCUGUCUACAUGUUCCACUGUCACACCAACAGGAAGUCAGAGGUGCUGAAGAACUUUUUGGGAAAAAAAUACAACGAGUCCUCUCUGGAUGAUUUUCUUAAACGAGCCAUGGAGAAAUCCCUCCAGAGUAAAAAUGGCCACCUGGACCUGUUUGUUCGCUUCCUUCAUGGCCUCUGUCUGGAGUCCAACCAGAGACUCUUAGUAGGUCUGCUGGGUCAGACAGAGAUCAGUCCAGGAACCAUCCAGAGAGUCAUCAACAACCUGAAGGAGAUGAACAGUUAUAAAAUCUCUCCUGACAGAAGCAUCAACAUCUUCCACUGUCUGAUGGAGAUGAACCACCUCUCAGUACAUCAGGAGAUCCAAGAGUUCCUGAAGUCAGAGAACAGAUCAAAGAAGGAACUCUCUGAGAUCCAGUGCUCAGCUCUGGCCUUCAUGCUGCAGAUGUCAGAGGAGGUUCUGGAUGAGUUGGACCUGCAGAAGUACAACACAUCAGAUCAGGGACGACAGAGACUGAUUCCAGCUGUGAGGAACUGCAGAAAGGCUCGACUGACUCGGUGUCGACUCUCAGAUACUCACUGUGAAGUUGUGGCCUCAGCUCUGAAGUCCAACCCCUCCCAUCUGACAGAGCUGCACAUGAGUUGGAACAACCUGCAGGAUUCAGGGAUGAAGCUUCUGUGUGCUGGACUGGAGAGUCCAAACUGUCAGCUGGAGACUCUGAGAUUGAUGGAUUGUGGUUUGCCAAAGAUCAGCUGUGAUUAUCUGGCAGCAGCGCUGAAGUCCAACCCCUCCCAUCUGAGAGAGCUGGACCUGAGUAAAAACAACAAGCUGCAGGAUUCAGGAGUGAAGCAUCUGUGUGGUUUUCUGGAGAGUCCAGGAUGUGGACUUGAAACUCUGAGAUUGAGCUACUGUGGUUUGUCAGAGAUCAGCUGUGAUUAUCUGGCAGCAGCACUGAAGUCCAACCCCUCCCAUCUGAGAGAGCUGGACCUGCAUAGAAACAACCUGCAGGAUCCAGAUGUGAAGCAGCUGUCUGAUCUUCAGCAGAGUCCAGACUACAGACUGGAGACUCUGAGGUGGAGGUGAUGAUGGUAAACAGGACGGUGUGUGUGCUGAGAGAGGAGGAGCUGUGUCCUGAUGAUCCAGAGAGGUUGAAGCAGCAGCAGCUUGUGUGUAGAGACGCUCUGACUGGGCCAUGUUACUGGGAGGUGGAGAGGAGAGCUUCAUCCAGCAGUGACUGACAGAGGAAUGAAGUGCAGAUGACUGUCAGUGCUGCAGAGUGAACUGCUCUGAGAACAGCUCCACUGUCAGACACAAUGUAGAGUCCAGCAUCAUCCCUGUGUGUCCCUCUGGAUCUGACAGAGGAUCAUCAGUGUAUCUGGACUGCUCUGCUGCUGCUCUGUCCUUCUACAGUCUCUGCACAGUCUCUGUCUGACUCUGGCUUCAGACCCUCCUGGAUCAAACUCACCUGGAAAGACUUUCAAACAUCACUCAAUAGAUUUGAAUACAGAAUAGAUUUGAUAUAUACUGUAGAUGUACUGUAGAGUUGCAGUUUGUCACUUGUAAAUACAGUCUGUGAGCAGCUCUGAGCUGAAAGAUCUUUCUAGAAACACGAAAUGUUUUCACUCUUCUGUUGCUUUUUCAUAUAUUUCCACAACAUUAAUAUUGAUCCCACCUGUCUCACCUGUUUCAUGCUUUUAUACAUAAGAACAGGACACGUGUGAUCUGAGCGCUGCUGUGGUUGCUGUGCUGCACGUCUUCAUUUAGAUAACAGAGACAUCUAGUGGUUCAGAGGGAGAACUGCAGGAGGUGGAGCUGUGUUUUAGCAUGGAAAACUUUUUAUCUUUUAGGCGCAGAUACAAAUAUGACAAGUAUCAGUGUGAGAUACAAAAGGUCACAUCAGUCAGCAGAGGGAACAGUGAUCACACAGCAAUGUAAGAAUAGAAACAUAACAGUGAAUCUGGACAUGUAUACAGAUGGAAGCAAACAAACAGGAUGUAACACUACAUUAAAGCCACAAAUGGGAAGAAAACAAAGCCAAAGGAAAAUAUAUUUGAUCUCAGGAAUCCAAAUCAGAUGCUUUAGAGCAGGGGUCGGCAACCCUGGGCACGCGUGUCACAGCUGGCACGUGAAGGGUUAACUGAUGGCACGACCAUAGCUGGACUGGCCAUCGGGCAUACCGA